ACGCCUUGUGAGCUUUUUCACCCCGGGGAAAACACCGGUGGACAGUUGCAGUUGGUGGGGUAUGGUAGUGCACAACCUUUUGACAAGGUCCAUUUUAAGUCUAAUAAUAGCACCCCAUCUCGGUCGAGAUCGAUUCUAUAGUUGUUGGGUUUGAGGACUUACCACUACCGGUGCCUAGAGAGGAAUAUGAUUUUUUUAAGCUGCGUGACGCGACCGGGAGCUUUGUGCAAUAGCCACGUGAUCGGUUGAGGUUGGUAGGAGGGGUAAGUAAACACUACUUGUAUGUAAAUACUUGUAUGUAACUAGAUUACCAUGUGCUUUGUGAAAUGACCAUGUUCUUUUAUGCUACUAUAUUACUAUGGAAAUUCAGUCCGCUAAAAGGAAGAAGGUGGAGAAGCCAAAAUCCAAGGAAGAAGGUCCUCCGAAUAUGGAACAAGGACAAAUGUCGAAGAAGAGUUCGAGAGCUUCAUGUACUCCACUCGUACAAGCCAAUGUCCUUAGGUCGCUUUCGAAAGCAUGUAAUUUUCUUCACAACCGUGUUAGUGAGUUGCCUACGGGUACACACAUUCAAGUGAACUUGCCUAAGGAAUUGUUCCACUAUGAUGAGGAUGCGCUCGCAUACAUUUCUAGAGAGGAUGUGACGGAAUUUCUAACCGGUUCCAUGCUUAACAUUUCCAUCAUUCAAACUUUCAUGAGGUCACUACAGGAGCUCCUUGCUAGUAAACCCGAUGGUGAAGCAGCAGUUGGGUGGUUAUGCCCCGAGCAGACCUCCGUAACCAAAUGCUUGCAUAACCCACAUGAUGUGAUAGAUUACCUUGAGCGGGGUAUUAGAGAAUCAAUGCGUGCGGGAAACAAGUUCUUAUUAGCCCCUUGUUUUGAGGAUCUACAUUGGAGCCUUAUGGUGAUUUGUGUUUCCAAUAACACAAUCUACUACUUUGACUCGGCUCGUAUAUGGCCACCAAGGAAGUUGCUAGUGAAUAACCUAUUGAAUAGUGUUAUGAAGAAGUUGAAUUGUCGUUCGGUUGCGGGUCCCACGUGGAAAUAUGCGAAGUGUGCGGAACAAGACAACGGCGUUGACUGUGCCCUCUAUGUGAUGAGGUUUAUCCAUGACAUAGUCAAUAGGUGCACUGAAGCCCAACACAUUGAGGAGGUUUGUAAGAUUCAAAGGGAAGGCCCUUUGAUAAAGGAAGAAGUUGAUGAAAUUCGCGACAUGUGGGCUUUUUUUGUGACAUUUGAUGGCAUCUAGGUAGAAUAUAUAAUAUAUAUGUGUUAGUUAGAUACUGAAUGAGAUUGAUUUUUUUUUUUUUUAAUUUAUGAACAAUUAAUAUUUAGUUACUAUAUCUUUUUUAUUUUUAUUAAAUCCAUAUGUACAUUAUAUUACUUAUUUGUAAUUAGUACUAUACAUUAUUUAUGAGUUUUAUAUA